UUAAUGUUCAUUUAAUAUAUUUGUUUCUUAUGACCUUUGCAUGGGCAAGGUCGUCAGUCUGUAUAAACGAAACUACAAUUUUGUUUUUAUUUUCCAGAACUAAAUAUGAGAAAUCCGAUGAUGAUGCAAGCAUUGCUGGUUCAAACCAUGAACACCAAGUUUCACAAAAUUCUGCCUCCUGUUUUGAGGAUAAUGUUGAAAAUAAUUUGUCUGGAAAACCUGGCUCAGAUGUCAGUGGAAGAAACGUUGACGGCACGGCUGUGCAAGGUCAUCAGAGGAGGGGAAGUUCAUCAGGCAAUAUCAUUUUUCCAGAUGGUUGUGUUCUCCCAAGCAAAGGAGAGGGUGAUAAAUCGCAAAAUCAGCUACAAAACAUGUCGAGUUGCAGUGGAGCUCCUGUUCCACAGGCAUUGGACGAUGCACCUCCUGAAAUUCUGUCUAGAGCUUCUAGAACUUCAGGCAAGUAA